AUGGUUUACCUGUUCGUUUCCAUCCCUCUGGACGGCCAUAUCAAGCCGGCACUGAGCGUGGCCGCUGCCUUGAACGGCCGACUUGCCGCCGCUGGCAGCAGCGAGGUGCGAUUUGCCGCGCUGUCCCGGGACCGUGCCCGGGUCGAGGCAGCUGGAAUCGAGUUUGUAGACCUGGGAGAUCUGUCACCUGAUGACAACCUUGAGCUGGAGCGCCUCAAAGCGGCCACAAUUGGCACCUCUGACGCCGCGAGUGCCGCAACAUUCGACAUGUUCACUAUGUUGGAAGCAAAGAUGCUCCCGCCGCUUCUGAAGGCCAUAGACACUGGGAGCGCUGACGUCAUCGUCGCCGACUUUGCUGCCAUGGCUGGCCACGACGCGGCCGAGGCGCGCCGCCUGCCGCUCGUCGUCCUGCAGCAGAUCCCGCUCGGCCUCGCCCUGCUGUGCAGUGGCCACAACAGCUACAACCUGCCGAGCCACGUGCCCCUAGAGAUGGCGGGCCCUCUGAUGCAGCCGGAGCGCCUCAGCCUGCUGCAGCGCGCCGUCAACCCGCUCCUGAAGCGCUGGGUCUACACGCGCAUCGCCGCCAUGACGGGGCCCCGGCGCGCCGCGGCGCGGAAAGCGGGGGGCCUUGUGGCAGCCCAGGGUUUUGGGGAUCUCGAGAUGAUGGGGUGGGGCGCGGCUGUGCCGCGUGUGAUGAACCUGGUGUCGGGAGUCAUGGACCUGGAGGUGGAGCGCGAGCUGCCGCCUGGUUGGCACAUGACUGGGCCGCAAAAUGUCGCCAUCAACGACCAAACCUUCCCGAUGCCUCUUGAGGACGGACCUGUGCGCGACUUUUUGACACAGGCAGAGGAGGCCGACCAGCCCGUGGUGUAUGUUGCGACUGGCACCAUUGUGCGGCUAACGCAGGGCCAGGUCGACGCGGUGGUGGAGGCCAUGCGGGCUGUGGAGGGCGCCCGCUUCGUGUGGAGCCUGCCCAAGGAGUCCCAGCUGCUGCUGUCGAGCGACUUCCAUGCGUGGUCUCAGGGCAGGGUGCUGGUCCUCUCGUGGGCGCCGCAGCAGGCACUGCUCAGCAGCUCUCAGGUCGAGCUCUUCGUCACACACGGCGGCCUGAACAGCACGUACGAGGGCCUGGCUGCCGGCAAGCCGCUGGUGGUGAUGCCAUUCUUUGGGGACCAGCCCGUCAACGCACAGCACAUCGUCAACAAGGGGCUCGGGGCUCAGGUCGACCCAUGGACCCUGACGGCAGCCAAGCUGACGAGGGCUAUUGAGGCGCAGCUGGCGGACAGGGAGGCCGCACGACGCGUGGCGGAGCUUGGGGCGCGCCUGCGGCGCCAGUCGGGCGCGCAGCGGGCUGCGGAACUUUUGGAGCGUUUUGGGCGGCAGUAG